CCACUACCUCUUUCUAUCCCUAAUCCAUUAAAAACUAAAACGCCCUUUUUCUGCGUUCAAAGCACACACAAUCAUCAUAUCUCACAAUGCCUUCAAAGCCCUCCGAAGACUACCAAGCCCAUCCUGUCCACCUCAAGCAUCAAGAUUUCACCUCUUUCCAAGAACUCCCUGACUCCUUCGCAUGGACUCAACGCAGCGAUGAUGACUCCCACUACCUUUCCACCGGAGACUCCAUCUCCGAAUCUGUUCCGGUCAUCGAUCUUUCCGAUCCUAAUGCUCUUCCCCUCAUCGGCCAUGCAUGCAAAACUUGGGGCGUCUUCCAAGUAACCAACCACGGCGUUCCUUCCACCCUCCUCGACAACAUGGAGCGCAUUACCAAAACCCUCUUCUCUUUACCAGUCCAGCAGAAGCUCAAAGCUUCAAGAUCACUGGAGAGUGUUUCCGGCUACGGCGUUGCAAGAAUUUCUAGUUUCUUUCCCAAACAGAUGUGGUCUGAGGGAUUCACCAUUGUCGGAUCCCCUGUCGAACAUUUUCGCAAACUUUGGCCCGAAGAUUACAGCAGAUACUGUAUCGUCUUCACUGUGUAUUACGUACCAUACAGUUCUUUAAUGGCCGGAUGGGAGGAGAUUCUUGAUGGAAUUAAAGAAUACGAGGAAGAAAUGAAAAGGCUGGCGGGGAGAUUGAUGUGGCUGACGUUAGGUUCAUUGGGCAUAACCAAGGAAGAUGUCAAAUGGGCUGGGCUGAAAGGUGACUUCAAGGAGGGUUCUGCAGCCGUACAACUGAACCACUACCCGGCUUGUCCAGACCCAGACCGAGCCAUGGGUCUUGCACCGCAUACCGACUCAACCCUCCUCACCAUCCUGUACCAAAACAACACAAGUGGAUUGCAGGUCCAUAAAGAGGGAACCGGAUGGGUCACCGUACCUCCGGUCCCGGGUGGGCUUGUGGUCAACUUAGGAGACCUACUCCACAUACUAUCAAACGGGUUGUACCCGAGCGUACUUCACCGGGCCAAGGUGAACCGUAGCCGACAGCGGCUCUCCGUCGCCUACUUAUUUGGGCCCCCGUCUAGUGUCAAAAUCUCCCCACUGUCCAAACUAGUAGGACCGAGUCAGCUUCCUCUAUACCGGCCCGUUACUUGGAAUGAAUAUCUUGGCACCAAAGCCAAGCAUUUCAACAAGGCACUUUCUUCAUUCAGGCUAUGUACUCCUUUAUAAAUUGUAUGAUUAUUAAUAUUUAUUGCAUAUAAAGAGAAGGUGAAAAGAAUCACCAGCAAUUUUUUUUUUUAUAAUUGUAUCUUUAUUAAUAUUUAUUAUAUAUGAAUCUUUUUUUGAAAUAUUAUAAUUAUAAUGUUACAUGGCAUUGUAACUUAAUAACAUGAUACGUUAUUU